AUGAUAAGACUUAACAAGAGAAAACAAUUCACUAAAACACUUGAUCUCUUCGACAAGCAUCAUCAUCCUGAUGCAUUAACAGAUAGAAUUAUUGUUCAAGCACUUAAAGCUUGCUCUCAAUUAGGUUCUCUUGAACGUGGUCACAACAUUCACAAGCAACUAUCAAAUCAAUCCAAGAAUAAUAGGUUCAUCCAAGCAUCACUUAUACAUUUCUACAUGCAAUGUGGCCGAGUGAACGAAGCCCAACGUGUUUUCGAUUCAUGUGUCAAUAAAAAUGUGGCUCACUAUGGUGCGAUGAUGAAAGGUUUCGUACGGAAUAACAUGCCUGAAAAAGCAAUUGAGACGUUCAAAAACGUGGAUGACCCAAAUGAAAUUCUUCUCUGUCUUUUAUUUAAUAGCUGUGUUCAAGUUCGAACAGCGCAAGCAUUAGAUUUUGGUAAACGAAUAUGGCAUUCCGCUUCCGAAACUCAUCGUAAAGACGAGUAUAACAUCGUGGCUGCCUUUGACAUGUUCACCAAGUGUGGUGAUAUUUCCAGUGCAGAGCAAAUUUUCGACCGAAUGAAACGAACUGUAGUUAAUUAUGGACAAAUGAUGAAAUGUUAUAAUAAUCAUUGUAUGCAUGUGAAAACCAUUAACCUGUAUGAAAAGAUGAAGAACCAAAAUAUUGCAGCAAAUCUGGUCAUUUUUCUUCUUCUAAUCAAUGCGUGCGCUGAACGUGGGCUUGAACCACGUUGUCGAUUGAUUGCAAGUCAAAUCCCAUCUUCGAUGUUAUCUGAUCUGAAACUUCAAACUACCUUAAUUCACAUGUGGGGUAAAGUGGCAUGUGUGAAGGAAGCAAAACAUAUCUUUGAUAAAAUUGAUAAACCUAAUUAUAUCGCAUAUACUGCUAUGAUUAAUGCAUAUGGACUAAAUGGAAUGGGCUAUGAUGCAAUUCAGCUCUAUCAUCGAAUACCAAUGGAAAUGAGAGAUGCAAAAACACAUGUUUGUGUGUUGAAUGCUUGUUCACAUUCAGGUCUUGUUAAUGAAUGCCGUUCAAUUUUUGCAACAAUCCCAAAUAAAAACCACUACAUCUAUACAACAAUGGUCGAUUGUUUGAGUCGUUCAUUUUUGUUCGACGAAGCACAUCAACUGAUCGAAGAGUUUGAGCGUCAUCAACCUCCUAAUUUACUUAUGUACAUGUCCUUGCUGUCAGGUGCACGAAAUCAAAACGAUGUCUCCCUUGCACGACGAAUAACUCAACGAAUUAAACAACUGAGCCAUGUUGACAACGAUUGUCUCGCAUCGGCUUCUGUGCUUUUCACAAACAUCUUAGCAUCGUCCGGUGACUUGGAAGAAGCAUCACAGCUAAGAUUUGAAAUGGGCCAAUCAGGCAUCAGGAAAAAAAUGGGCUUAUCUUGGACUGAAGUCAACGGUGAAAUUGUGGAAUUUCGUGUCAAAGAUCGUACCCAUCCACGAACAGAAGAAAUCUAUGAUGAACUUCAUCGAAUCGAAAAAGAACUCAUUGAACACGGUCACAAGUUCGAUUCAAGUUGGAUAACGCGUGCGAUGAUGCCUGGUGAAACUGUAGCAUCCAUUCUCAACAGUCAUAGCGAAAGAUUGGCACUUGCAUAUCAUUUUAUUCAGCGACCAGUUCCAUCGCGAAUUCAAAUCGUGAAGAAUCUUCGCAUUUGCGGUGAUUGUCAUGGUGCAAUCAAGCUGAUCAGUCAAAUUCGUCGAUGUGAAAUUAUUAUUCGUGAUGCGAAUCGUAUUCACCAUUUUUCCGAUGGAAAAUGUUCAUGCAACGAUCAUUUCUAA